AAACCUGCUCGGAUGUUAGUGGGUGCGAUGCAGCCCUGCCUGGCCAUGGCCUUCCGGCGCCUGCUCCUGGCCGCGGCCUCCCAGCGGCCGGCCCCCUGCAGAUGCGGAGGAGGGAGGCCCCUGCACACGGCCCUGGUGGCCUGUUCCGACAGGAGUGCCCCCGUGUUUGCCCGGGCCCUGGCCUUUGGGGAUAGGAUCGCCCUCGUGGACCAGCACGGCAGCCACACGUACAAGGACCUUUACUGCCACAGCCUCCGCCUGUCCCGGGAGGUGUGCCAGCUCCUGGCGCGGCCCAGCGGGGACCUGCAGGAGGAGAGGGUCUCCUUCUUGUGCUCCAAUGACGUGUCCUACGUGGUGGCGCAGUGGGCCUCGUGGAUGAGCGGGGGCGUCGCAGUCCCUCUGUACAGGAAGCACCCCCAGGCCGAGCUGGAGUACGUCAUCCGGGACUCCCGGAGCGCUGCGGUCCUCGCCGGCCAGGAGCACGUGGAGCUGCUGGGGCCGGUGGCCCGGAGGCUGGGGGUCCCGCUGCUGCCCCUCCCGCCCACGGUCUACGGUGCGGCAGCCGAGGUGCCAGGGGAGUGGGGGGUGCCGGAGCGGGACUGGAGAGACCGCGGCGCCAUGAUCAUCUACACCAGCGGGACCACGGGGAGGCCCAAGGGCGUCCUGAGCACUCAUCACAACGUCAGGGCCAUGGUGACGGGGCUGGUCCACAAGUGGGCGUGGACUAAGGACGACGUGAUCCUCCACGUCCUCCCGCUGCACCACAUGCAUGGCGUGGUCAACAAGCUGCUGUGUCCCCUCUGGGUGGGGGCCACCUGCGUGAUGCUGCCCGAGUUCAAGGCGGAGCUGGUGAGUCGGGCCGGGCUCCAGGCGCGGCUGGGUUUGAGCAUCCGUGGACCAGGCGCCUUCCUCUGCAGGGAGCGAGUGUGCUGUCGCCGCUGUGACAAAGAAUUACAAACUGGGGGAGCCUACGACACGCGCGGACUCCCUCACGCUUCUGAAGUCAGGAGUCCAAGAUUCCCCGUGUCCGAGAGCCCCCGCGUCCGGGAGUCCCUGCGUCCGGGAGCCCCCGCGUCCGAGAGCCCCGUGUCCGGGAACCCCCCCAUCCGGGAGUCACUGCGUCCCGGAGCCCCCGCGUCCGAGAGCCCCGUGUCCAGGAACCCCCCCCGUCCGGGAGUCACUGCGUCCGGGAGCCCCCGCGUCCGGGAGCCCCCGCGUCCGGGAGUCAUUGCGUCCGGGAGCCCCCGCCUCCGGGAGCCCCUUGUUCUGGAGUCCCCGCGUCCGGUUUCUGUCGUUCCGCAGAGCGUGUCACAGCCUCACACUCGUGGCCUGGGGUCGGCAGCACCCUCGUGCAGCCGCGCCGGCUCCGCUUGCCCCGAGCGCUCCCACGGACGACCCGCCAGCCUGCUCUCCAGGUUGGCUCUCGUUUACGCUGUCACCGACGGGCGUGAGCACCGUGUCCCUGCUCGCCGGCACCAGCGCUUGUUCCUGCGCCCAGAUCGCAGCCGCUGUCUCCGCUGUGCCUGCAGGCUGAUGGUUUCGGGAUCGGCUGCUCUGCCCGUGCCUGUGCUGGAGAAGUGGCAGAGGGUCACCGGCCACACUUUGCUGGAGCGCUAUGGGAUGACGGAGAUCGGCAUGGCCCUGUCCAACCCCCUGACCGGGGCUCGCGUGCCAGGCUCCGUGGGCACCCCGCUGCCGGGUGUGGAGGUGCGCAUCGUCUCGGAGAACCCGAAGAAGGACCGCUGCCCCUACAUGCUCCACGCAGACGGGAACGAGAUGGAGACACGGGUGACCCCCGGGCUCGCGGAGAAGGAAGGGGAGCUCUUGGUCAGGGGGCCAUCUGUGUUCCGUGAAUACUGGGACAAACCCGAAGAAACCAGAAACGCCUUCACCCCCGACGGCUGGUUCCGGACAGGUGACACAGCCGUCUUCAAGGACGGCACGUACUGGAUCCGGGGUCGCACGUCUGUGGACAUCAUCAAGAGCGGUGGCUACAAGGUCAGCGCCCUGGAGGUGGAGCGGCUCCUGAUGGCACACCCCAGCAUCGCAGAUGUGGCUGUGAUUGGAGUCCCGGACAUGACCUGGGGCCAGCGGGUCGCUGCGGUGGUCGCCCUUCAGGAGGGGCACGCCCUGUCCCACAGGGAGCUCAAAGAGUGGGCGAGGGGCGUCCUGGCCCCGUACGCUGUGCCCUCGGAGCUCCUGCUGGUGGAGGAGGUCCCGCGGAACCAGAUGGGCAAGGUCAACAAGAGAGACCUCGUCAGGCGGUUCUACCCCAGUGAGCCGGGUGCCCUUUGACCUGGAGCCCCGGAUCAGGGGGAACAGGGCCGGGGCUGGCAGCGGCGCGGUCCCGGCGCAGCGCAGCCUCGGCCUCAGGCUGGCGUCCAGAUCCAACGUGACCCCCGUCGUCCCCUCUGCUGCGUCCUCACAGCCACACCGUGUAGCCCCCCGUGCUGCCGUCUGCCGGGCGGGUCCUCGCCGCGUCCAGCGCGUGCUCCGGGCAGCAGGUCUCCAAGCAAAACUCAGUAAAGUCUGUGCGGAGAAAACAAGCAUGUGCUGUGCUGCGUGGGGUCCGCGUGCUGGGGGCAAAGUCCCGCAUCUCCGCGAGCACAGCCGAGCGCCUCCCACAGCCCGGGCUGCCCGUGUGGCCCCCCCAGGGCACCUGUGACCGCCCCCCCAGGGCCUCUGGCUGGACACCUGACCCCGAGAGUGGGCCUGGGCGUCCCGGUGAGGGCUCUGGGACAGCCCGGCACCUGAGCGGGUCGCCGACGGGCGUCCGUCCGCACGGGCUCACUCACGUGGGCCUUUAGGGCCAACGCGACUCAGCUCAGGGCUGGCAGCAGCGUGCCCUGCUGUGCGUGUGGCCCCGGGGUCCCCGAAGGAACUUUCUAGACCAGGGGCUGGCAGCUUCGGUGAUGGGUGAGCCAGCAGGUCCGGGUUUCUGGCUCUGCAGCCGCAAGGCCCCUGUCACUGUGGAUCCGCUGGGUGGGGGAGGUCACCGGGCCUCGACCCUUGACCCGCCUCUCUGUGCCACACCCUCCACCGGCCCGUUUGCAUCCGCCCUGCAGCCCCACACUCUGCUCUUAGUGGUGCUGGCCCUGGCACGUGGGUACCCCACCCACACGCCAAGCGGAAAAUCCAGAAGCUUCUGGGUAGUUUAUUGGAGAUCACCGCAGCUGCUGCGCCCGAGACUGCUGGAGUCUGAGCUUUUCCUGAACAUCAUGUGCCCGGAAAGCGUGUCUGAAAGACCAGCAAAAUGGGGCUACGGCCAGGAGGGGCCGCUUUGGCCCUGGGCAGGGGCAAGGUGCUUGAGAGGCUGUAGAAGCCGGCCCGCGACUCCCCUACCCCUGCGCAGCGUGCGGCCUGGCUCCCCGAAGGCCUGACCCCGGGCGUGGUGCUUGCCCCAGGUGACCAGCCCACGCCCCCACCUGAGCCUGGGACGCGCGCUGGCUGCCCUCUGCCCUGGUCCCGCCCUGUGACCAGACAGCCACCUGCCACUGGGGCGGACGAGAUGGAACGCCGCAGGGCCCCUACUUUAUCCCCCUGAUUUGACACUGUGUCUCUUAAUCCUGAAAAUUUUGAUCUCCCGAAAAUGUUUACAGAAUUA